CAACAAGGGAGAUAAUCAGUUCAGUUCAGUUUAAUUGUAACGCUUGAUCAUCAAAGAUCGGUCCGUGAUUUUCCAAUAAUGUCAAAUAAAAGUUCUGAAAAUGUGUUUCUAUUCUCCAAAAAGUUUGACGUAGAAAAUUCUAUCAAGAAAACCUUGCAGAUAAUCAAUGAUUCUUUCUACAUCUGCAAUCUAAGUGAUGUCAUUCAAAAGCAAAAAGAUUGGCUAAAAUACAUGCCACGAGUUAAGCCCCAUUAUGCUGUAAAAUGCAAUGAUGACAUUAAUGUUCUCAAAACAUUGGCAUCUGUCGGUUGCUCCUUCGAUUGUGCUACUUUAUGGGAGAUUGAGAAAAUUUUAUCACUGAAUGUCAGCAUUGAUAGGAUUAUCUUUGCUAAUACUACAAAGAUAGCAAGUCACAUUGAAUAUGCCAAGCAACAAAAUGUCAACCUUAUGACUUUCGAUAAUGAGGAUGAGAUUGAGAAAAUUAUGAAAAUUUAUCCUGAUGCGAGACUUAUUUUAAGAAUUCGAUACAGCUCGGAGAAAGCAAUUUAUAAAUUAGGAAGAAAGUUUGGAUCAGAUCCAAUUUCGGAAGCUCCACAACUGCUAGAGCUUGCAAAAAGUUAUAAUUUAAAUGUCGUCGGAAUUAGCUUUCAUAUCGGAUCAAGUUGCGAAGAUUAUGAAGCGUAUGGUGGAGCAAUAAAAGCAUGUCGAAGACUCUUUGAAUUCGGAACUGAAAUUGGUUUUAAUUUUAAAAUUCUUGAUAUUGGAGGUGGAUUCUUUGGGGAUUCAUUUAACCGAAUAAGACAAUUUUCAAGCAUCAUAAAUAAUGCACUGGAUGAACAUUUUCCUCAAAAUGAAUUCACUGAUUUGGAAAUUUUCUCAGAGCCAGGACGCUAUUUUGUGGAAUCAGCUUUCACACUUAUCAGCCAAAUCCAUUCAAGAAAGGUCACUAGAAAUGUCGAUGGAAGUAUUCUUGACAUUAUGUACUAUCAGAAUGAGGGAGUAUACUCAAACUUCCUUUUCAUCCCACUCGGUCCGGAGGAAAUAAUUCCUAAAGUGCUGUCGCACAAACGAACCGGAGAGACAUUCAAAACCACGAUUUGGGGACCGACGUGCGACAGUACUGAUAAAGUAUGCGAGAAUAUUGACUUGGAAAUGCUAGAAAUUGGCGAUAUUAUGUAUUAUGAAAAUAUGGGAGCUUAUACAAUCCCAUUAAGGACGCCAUUCAAUGCCUUUCAAACCACAAAAAUGGCUUAUUUCCUGAGUGAAGAUGAUAAAUCAAAAAUCGAUGAAUCAUAUCAGCUCAACUUUCAUCAUUUUAAUGCAGAUUUUAAUAAUAAUCUUUGAGUUAUGCCAGUGAAUAAAUUAAUAAUUUCGGUCAAGCAUUGGGACCAAAUAGAUUUGACGUUUGAAUUAUUUACUAUUUCCCCUCUAAGGGACUGAACUGUUUAACACUGUCACUAUACACGAGAGUUUCUUUUAUAGAAUUAUUAGCAUUGGAUAUAAGGGAAAUAGAGUCUAUGAUAAAAAAUUCGAA